CAGAGAUCCAAAGAAUCUUUAUAAUUCUUAAUACUUCUACUGCAAAACUUGAUGAGAUCGAACGAGUCCUUCAAAACUACCAUAACAAUUUUGACAGAGUUGCAACCGAAUUCGAAUUAAUUAAUGGAGAGAUAAGAAUUGAACCUAUCGAGGAUGCAAAUCAAUCCGAAGCAUCUUCCAUGCGAGAAGACAGGAUGAUAUAUGUAAUGUUACUCUUGGGGUGGGAAAAAUUGCAAAACAAUAAUGUGAAAACGUUGUCAACUACUACUGGGAAAAUGUUUCGCAAUGUGCAACUCUUAAAAGAAUUCUUUACGAUAUCAACUCAGAGCUCAAACGGAUUAAACAAGUUGACUCUGAUACAUUGCGAGGAAGAACAGCUCGGUCUAUUAUUGAUGACCGGAAGAAGGCGUCGAGAUAUGGCCAAGCUAGGUCGACCGGUCAUGAACGCAAGGUUCGUGCCUAUCUCGACAGUUGAGAUAUGGUCAAGCUGGGACACGCUAGGUCGACUGGUCAUGAACGCAAGGUUCGUACCUAUCUCAACUGCAUUCGGUGGCAAGCUGGGACACGCUAGGUCGACCGGUCAUGAACGCAAGAACUGGACUAAGGAUCUAAAACAAUCAAACCGGAACGAUAAGAUGAUUCAAAAACAUGUUAUUGAACGUAAUAUCCUGGUGGAAGAACAGCAUAACGAGAUCUUAAAAAAUGCAAUGAUACGAGAUCAAGUUGUACGAACUACACUUACAAAACACUUAUCAGAAUACAGAACAGAUCACAGAGAGGAACGCCCAAGAAAACGAUUGAAUAUGGAGAAGCCUGUUUUCGAUGACAAAUCAGAGAUAGAUCCAGAUGAUAUAGCAGAUCUUGAUGACAUUGAGGCACUCAAUAUAUAUCCAAACAUCACAUCUACAGAAUCCGAGUUAUAUGAGAAAAUAUCUUUUAAAGAAUACUUAAGGUAUCCCAACAAAGACAGCCAAAACGAUAUUUGGUUAUUGCCUUCCGGAAAAUCGAUUAAAGAAGUAAUCCGUAAUCUGAAAAUCUACAUAAAUCUCAGUAUUAUACGCAUUGGUGCAAAAGUUUGUAAACCAGAAUGGAUUGAACAAAAUGACUGGGAUUAUUUACUUGAAUAUCCAAAUUAUAAUUUGUCUUCUGAUGUGGAAAAUCUCUUUACUGUACUGUUAGAGACUAACUCAUUAAUGGAGUAUAAACAAUGUCUUCGUAAAGCCAAAUUCGAUGAAGACGAUAAGGAAAUGGAAUUUGUAACGGAUGUCCUUAUGUGGUUUGCAAAAAAUGUAUUCAACAUUGCGUCAACUUUUCACAGUACGAAUAAAAAUGAAGCAAUUUUGGGCUCACUCAUGAUUCAUCCGGUGUUACAGUAUCUUGCAAAUGCAGUAACUGGUCAUCCUAUAUACGUACCAGAUGAGAUAUGUCUUAAAGCUAGUGCAAACCAGCGAUUAUUACGUGAUCUCAAACCUACAGAUGACAAACCCUUAGGUAUGAAGGUCGAUGGUUUUUUCCAGUCCCCUGGUGAGAGAGGACCUGAAUUAGGCAUGAUAGAGUUAUCCGGUGGCUAUUUGACCUUUGAUAUGCCUCACUAUCUGAAGGAUCACGUGAAGGGAUAUUUGGGCAGUCGUGACCUCCUUAAUGAUAUAUUUACAAGGUUUAAUCGUGGUGACUACGAAAUUAUGAGGCGUCUGCGUACCUGGUUUUUUCAUAUGCAUGAUAAGUUAAUUGAACUAAAUGUACAAGUAUGGGAAAUGGAUUUACCUGUCUCAAAGACUUAUCAGAUGUUUCUCAUUAAUACUUUUCAGCUUCCAAUCAGUUGGAAGAAUCAUCAUGAACUAGUACAUGCACUAAGAAUUCUGUGGAAUCUUGGA